UCAAUUUGUCAAACAAAAAAUAUAAACACAGAUUUAUUUUUCGUUUUUGCAAAAAUACAAGCAAUAAAAAUAGCCUCUUAUUAAAUAACAAACAUUUAAUUAAUCAAUAGAAAUGAAUUUAUGUGUACAGUGAAGUAGAAUUAGUGCCUUUAAAACGUUUUACUCAUAAAAAUGCUGCCUACUUUUUUGUUGCUAAAUCGAAUGAUUAAUAGACGAAGAAAUAUGCGUAAAAUUAAGAAACCUGUGAAAAAUGAUAAGAGUAAGCUAAACACAGACUGCUGCAGAACCUGCCUGGCUACUGAGGAGCUGGUAGAUAUAUUUUACGACCAGGAAUGUGAUGAGAAACGAUCGGAGGAUUUAAGACUUGUCACCGGCUUAGAGAUAAAAUUAAACGAUGGAUUAUCACAAAAGAUCUGCAAUCGGUGUAUUGAGAGCAUGGAGUCUGCGCUACAGUUUAGACACUCCAGCCGAAGGGCAUACAAGUCCCUGCUCGCCUCGCUGGGCAGUAAAUCUAAGAAGAAGUUCAGAUCCAAACCCAACAAAAGCAUUAAAAGAAUCAAAAAUGAAAAGUUGGAAGUAGACAUUGAUGUGUAUGAUGAUGAUGUGUACGCACAAACGGAUGACUUUCAAAAUGAUACCGGUUAUACAUAUGAUGAACAUGAAGACUCUGUCCCUGUGAAAUUGGAACAGGAAGCAGAGCCUCAAGCUAGAAGAAAACGCGACACAAUACCUAACGCUUUAUCAUAUAAAUGCAACACUUGUAGCAAGGAGUUCAGGAUGAAGACCACAUACAAGGCUCACCUGAGGUUCCACACCAACUACUGUGUCUGUGAGACUUGUGGCAAGCGCUGCCGCAACAACAACCAGCUGCAGGAACACAAGCGCGCGCGGCACGGACUGGGCCGCAUACACAAGUGUGCCUACUGCGAGUACAGCUCCGCCACCAAGGAGGCACUCACUAUCCACGAGCGACGGCACACGGGCGAGCGGCCCUACAUCUGCGACCACUGCGGCGCCACCUUCCACCGGCGCUCCAACCUGGUGCAGCACAUCGCCAUACACCUGCCCGAGAAGAACUUCCAAUGCCCUAUAUGUUUUAAGCGCGAAAAGUCCCGCAAGCUAGUGCAAGUGCACACACACAAGUACCACGCGCAGAGACAAUAUAGAUACUGGUGCCCCGUCUGUCGGGACUCGUUCGCUCGGCCGAGCAACGCCCGCCGCCAUCUCGCUCGCGCGCACCACGUGCCGCGGGAGCGACAGGGACGGAUAGAGAGGUUCGAAAAAAUAAAGAGGGCAAUGUCAAGGGAUGAGGUGGCACUGCUGGUUGAUCUGGUGGUGAAGAGACCAGCAAUAACCACCAAGGAGACUAACGCAGCCACCAACAAACUCAAGGAGGAUGCAUGGAACUCCCUCGCUGUCGAGUUCAAUGAGAUUAGUGAGCAGUCCCGGAGCAGGGAACAGAUCAAACUGAAAUGGGAUAACUUGAAGAAGGCCGCUAGGAAGAGGGUUUCACAAUUUGAUAAGGACGAAGCGGAGAUGGUUCCUCUGGGCGACAUCUUGGAUCGCGUGUCCGACAUGCUGGGCUACUCCAAGCCCGACGCGCCUGGCGACUGGAUCGUGGUGGACAGCAUCGGCGAGAGUUACACCAGCUCAGCUAAAAAAAGAAAACCUGAUAAUCCAACAGAGGAGUCCCUAGUUAUCGAUAAAUACAAAAAGAAGCUCGAAUCAAGUGCAGGUAAAAAAGAAAACUCCGGCGUCAAACAGAGAAACCUGGCUAUAGCGAGAUACUACGAGAAAAAAACCGAGAAAAUUGAAUUGGAAAUUAAACUAUUAAAAGCGCAAUUAAAUAAACAAUGCGCUUGCAAUAACACUUGCGAAUACAAAAUUAAUAACAAUGAUAACAACACAACAGACAUUAUUGAUAGAAUAAAAAAACUGGAUAGCAAAAUUAUUAGUGAUAGACUUUUUUUUAAAUGUGAUAGAAGUAAUGAUAAUGGAAAGAAUGAGAUUAAUAAACAUGAUAGAAGUAAUGAUAAUGGAGAUAAUAGAGUUAAUAAGCGUUAUAGAAGUAAUGAUAAUGGAGAUAAUAGAGUUAAUAAGCGUCGUAGAAGUAAUGAUAGUGGAGAGAAUAAGGUUAAUAAACAUGAUACAAGUAAUGAUAAUGGUGAUAAUAGAGUUAAUAAGCGUUAUAGAAGUAAUGGUAGUGGAGAGAAUAAGGUUAAUAAACAUGAUACAAGUAAUGAUAGUGGAGAUAAUAGAGUUAAUAAGCGUUGUAGAAGUAAUGAUAGUGGACAGAAUAAGGUUAAUAAAAAUUAUGGAAGUAAUGAUAGUGGACUGAAUAAGGUUAAUAAAAAUUAUGGAAGUAAUGAUAGUGGAGAGAAUAAUGUUAAUAAAAAUUAUAGAAGUAAUGAUAGUGGAGAGAAUAGUGAUGAUUCAGAUAGUAACACUUGGAACCAUCAGUGUAAGUCAGUCAGUCGUAGUGAGAGUAAAGACAAUAUUUUAUGUAUAGAUAUUGUUAAAUGUGAAGUUGAAUCACCGUGAAUCUAUACUAAUAAAGACACUGGGAACUUUUAAAA